CUUUAUGGCGGGAAAAUCGACCAGAAAACCUAGAGUGUCAUAACGAGAAGAGAGGCGAGACUGUGACUGAGAGAGAGAGAGAGAGAGAGGAAAUGGCGGAAGAAGGUAAGGAGGAUGCGGGGUUGGAUCAGGUGGAGGAGGAGUUCUCAGUGUGGAAGAGGAACACGCCGUUCCUGUAUGAUUUGGUGAUCUCUCACCCGCUCGAAUGGCCGUCACUCACCGUCCACUGGGUCCCGUCGGCGCCGCAUCCGUACGCCGCGGAUCCUUACUUCGCCGUACACAAACUCAUCCUCGGGACCCACACCUCUGGUGGCGCCCAGGAUUUCCUGAUGGUCGCCGACGUCGUCAUCCCCACACCCGACGCAGAACCCGGAUUGGGCGGCAGAAACCAGGACCCAAUAGUGCCUAAGGUGGAGAUAAGACAGAAAAUACGUGUGGAUGGAGAAGUGAACAGAGCGCGGUGUAUGCCACAGAAGCCGACGCUUGUUGGUGCAAAGACUAGUGGCUGUGAGGUGCUUGUGUUUGAUUAUGCCCGACAUUCUGCAAAGACCCAGUCAAGUGAUUGCAGUCCUGACCUGAGGCUAAAGGGACAUGUAAAAGAAGGGUACGGAUUGUCGUGGAGCUCCUUUAAGGAGGGUUAUCUUCUGAGUGGUUCUCAAGAUCAUAAGAUCUGCCUUUGGGAUGUUACAGCUACAGCUCAAGAUAACGUUUUGAAUGCAAUGCAUGUGUAUGAGGGACAUGAAAGCGUGGUUGAAGAUGUGUCAUGGCACAUGAAGAAUGAAAACAUAUUUGGGUCGGCGGGUGAUGAUUGUCGAUUGAUGAUAUGGGACUUGAGGACAAACCAAAUGCAACACCAAGCCAAAGUUCACGAGAAAGAGGUGAACUAUCUUUCAUUCAAUCCGUUCAACGAAUGGGUUUUAGCUACAGCUUCUUCAGACUCCACCGUCGCCUUGUUUGACCUCCGCAAGCUGAAUGCACCCUUGCAUGUUUUGAGCAGCCACGAGGGAGAGGUAUUCCAAGUGGAGUGGGAUCCCAACCAUGAGACAGUACUUGCAUCUUCAGGGGAGGACAGAAGGCUGAUGGUUUGGGACCUGAACAGGGUCGGGGAAGAACAACUGGAGAUAGAGUUGGAUGCGGAAGACGGUCCACCGGAGCUGCUAUUCUCUCAUGGAGGCCAUAAAGCAAAGAUAUCAGACUUCUCAUGGAACAAGAACGAGCCUUGGGUCAUUUCCAGCGUAGCUGAAGACAAUAGUCUUCAGGUUUGGCAAAUGGCAGAGAGCAUCUACCAUGAAGACGAUGAAGUUGACAAUGAACAAUGAGAACAAGUAAUUUUAGCGUAUUGUGAGAAGUGACCGUAUCACAACAAUCCCAACGUUUAGCUUUGUUUAUUA